CCUUUUCCCGCUCAUAAACACACACACACACACACACACACACACACACACACACACACACACACAGAUCUUUGCAGCAUCAUGACCAUGUUUCGCAGUUUUGUGUUGUUUCUGUUUAUCCUGAGAAAGUCCUCAGUCACAUCAGUGGCACAGAUUAACUGUGUUUGGGGUCCGUGGUCCACCUGGACCCCCUGCAAUGCCUGCACAAAAACACAGACUCAGAUCCGCUCUGUCUCAGUUUACCCACAGUUUAAUGGUUAUCUGUGCUCAGGGCCUUCACUCCACAUCAAAAACUGUGAAACAACUCAAGGCUGCCCUCUAGAGGAAGGAUGUGGGAAUCGCUUCCGCUGUCAAUCUGGAAAAUGUGUCAGUCAGAGUUUGGUGUGUAAUAGUGAUCAUGACUGUGAGGAUGGAUCUGAUGAAUGGAGAUGUGACAGCCAGCAUGUUUGUGAUCUACAGAGACCUCCACCACAGAUAGAAGCUUCUGGACUAGGGUAUGACAUAGUGAAGGAGGAGUUUAGAGGAAGUGUAAUAAACACUCAGGUUUUUGGUGGUCAGUGUAGAAAAAUAUUCAGUGGAGAUCAUCAGAACUUUUACAGACUUCCACAGAGCACCUUGGGUUACUCCUUCCAGGUCACAGCUAAAAAUGAUUUCUCGAGUGAGUUCUAUAGAAGCUCGUGGGACUACAUGAGAAGAAUCGAAAACCAUGAGAAGACGACAGGGACAACGAGUGGACACAACCGUGUCACCUCCACUGAAGACCUGAAGAAGAUACAGUCUAAGCAGUUGGUGGAGAUCAGCAGUGACAUUGAAGUGGCUCGUGUCCAGAAUCAGUUGCCGCAGUAUCUCCCUAUCUCUGAGGACUUCUGGAGAGCUCUGUCCUCUCUCCCUGUAGUGUAUGACUACUCCGCAUACCGCCAAGUGCUGGACAGGUUUGGAACACACUACGUGUCUGAGGGAACAUUAGGAGGAAGGUUCAGAGCUCUGCUUUACUUCAGCCAGGACUUUAUAGAGAGCAGAAAACACACGGUGCAGGAUUUUUACGAGUGUGUUAAGGAGACACACACUGUCUUCUUCUUUAUCAGUUGGACGACUGAAAAGUGCGGAAAUUUUUUUGACGAAAUAAUUAACAAUUUCAAUGUCAAUAAGCAAAAGAGCUCCAAGAGGGUGAGAGCAUUUGGAGGACACACUGCUUACAUCUCCAAACUUCAAACACUGGAUGUUAAUGACGCAGCAGGAAACCUGAACACCUUCUCCAUGUGGGCCGGUUCUGUGAAGAACUUCCCUAUUCUUAUCAGCUUCAAGACACAGCCACUGUAUGAGUUGGUGAAGGAAGUGUCGUGUUCGGAUGUGAAGAAGCUGCACCUGAAGCGAGCGACAGAAGAAUAUCUGAGGGAAAGAGACUCGUGCCGCUGUAGUCCAUGCAGGAACAACGGCCUCUCAGUGCUGAAAGAUGGAGUGUGUCUCUGUGUGUGUAAACUGGGAACAGAAGGACUCGCAUGUGAGUUUGGUGCACCAGUGAAUGAAGAACCAGGUGUGACUGAUGGAGGUUGGUCCUGCUGGUCAGAGUGGAGUUCCUGCUCUAACGCUCGUCACAGUCGGACUCGAUCCUGCACUCGGCCUCGACCACAGAACGGAAAAGACUGCAUCGGAAACACAGCAGAAACACGGAGCUGUGAUGAGGAAGAGGAGCUGCAGUAUCUACGCACGAUGCAGCCGCACUGCUUCGAUCAAAGUCUGGAGCCCACAAAGAGCUGCACAAGUCCUCCUGCACUACACAACGGCUUCGUGCUGGACCUCCGAGACUUUUAUACAAUCGGCAGUAAAAUCGAAUAUUCCUGCAUAGACGGUUAUCAUCUGAUCGGAAAUCCCAUAGCUGAAUGUACAGAGGAAGAAACCUGGAGGAAAUUCCCAAUGGAGUGCAAACGUACCACAUGUGACCCUCCGCUCCUCUCACCACAUGUGAUUCCCAGCCUGUGGAGAACGAGCUAUAAGAUCGGAGACUCCGUCCUGCUGACGUGUGGAGACGGGAGACAGAGAAUCGGCCCGGACGAGAUUGUGUGUAACUCGGGUUUGUCCUGGUCACCUGAACCUAAAAACACUGAAUGUUCUGCAGUGACUAUACCUCCAGCUCAUGUGGAGUGUGAGCCAUGGGAGAACCGAGCUGAAAAUAGCUGUGUUUGUAAAAUUCCCCAUCAGUGCAAGCCGUCUCUGGAGGUGUGUUUGAACAAUACAGAGAGAAGUCGGAUCAGCAGACUGAGUGUGUGUAAAGCUCGAGCCCUGCAGUGUUUGGGUCAUCAGUAUACAGUAACUGCACACAGCGCCUGCCAGUGGCCAGACUCUGUCACUGCAGUGUGUCCUCAGUGUUCUCUCUGGACCACGUGUGAUGAACAAACCAACACGUGCGUCUGUAAAACGAUGGACGAUUGUAUUCCAUCAUCUCGCUGGAUCAACAUUUGUGUACAUCUUACUGAAGACUCGCUGGUAUCCACGGUAACGGAGUGUGAGGUUGGAGUGCGACAAUGCCGAGGGGAAAGUCUUCAGAUUGUUAAACUACAAGCUUGUGAGGUGUAAAAUCUUUAGUAUAAAAACUCUUUGCAUUAAAUCCACUAUAUACAUUUAAAAUGAACAAAUGUUUAAUCUUUAAUCUUUUAAUGUUUUUAACUGUUUUUAACUGAUUUACUGCAUAUAAAUAAAUAAAUAAAUAAAAUGAUCAUCUGUA